AUGGAAGAUCAUGUGGCUGGACAAGGAAAACUUGCUGGAGAUAUUGAACUCUCAGAUGAUGGACUAUCAGCUGCACAGUUAUUUGCUGCCGGUGAAGGACUAACUUACAGUGAUUUUAUCAUUCUGCCUGGCUAUAUUGAUUUUCUUGCUGACGAGGUAGAUUUGUUGUCUCCGCUAACCAAAAAAAUUACACUGAAAGUACCAUUAGUGUCAUCGCCGAUGGACACUGUUACAGAGUCAGACAUGGCUAUCGCGAUGGCACUGUCUGGUGGAAUAGGAAUAAUUCAUCACAACUGCACUCCGGAAUACCAGGCUUCUGAGGUUUACAAAGUAAAAAAAUAUAAACAUGGAUUUAUCCGAAACCCAGUAGUUCUUUCGCCGAAUGAUACUGUGAAAGAUGUGCUAAACGUUAAAGCCAAUAAUGGUUUUUGCGGUGUACCUAUUACGCAAAAUGGUAAAAUUGGUGGUGAACUUGUUGGUAUCGUGACUUCUCGAGACAUUGAUUUCUUAGAAGAUUCACCUAGUCAGCAAAAUUUGAAGCUUGAGACGAUAAUGACAAAAUUGUCAGAUCUUAUUACUGCAAAGUCAGGUGUGACAUUGCAAGAAGCCAAUUUAAUUCUAGAGAAAUCUAAGAAAGGUAAAUUGCCUAUUGUAAAUGAAAAAGGUGAGCUGGUAUCCUUGAUGGCACGAACGGAUUUAAAAAAGAAUCGGAGCUACCCAAAUGCUAGCAAAGAUGGUAACAAACAAUUACUGGUUGGCGCGGCUAUUGGGACAAGAAGCACUGAUCGUGAAAGACUUGCAUUAUUAGCGGCUGCAGGUGUUGAUGUGAUUGUUCUUGAUUCAUCACAGGGUAAUUCAAUUUUUCAAAUAGAAAUGAUAAAAUACAUAAAAACAGAGUAUCCAGAGCUACAAAUAAUUGCGGGUAACGUUGUUACGAAGACACAGGCGAAAAAUUUAAUUGAAGCUGGUGCUGACGGACUUCGUGUCGGUAUGGGGUCCGGAUCUAUUUGCAUCACCCAAGAAGUUAUGGCUGUUGGACGACCACAGGCUACUGCUGUUUACAAGGUCAGCGAGUAUGCUCGUAAAUUUCACGUCCCAGUAAUUGCAGACGGUGGUAUUCAAUCUCUUGGACACAUCAUCAAAGCGCUCAGUCUUGGAGCAAGUACAGUAAUGAUGGGAUCAUUAUUGGCUGGAACUUCGGAAGCACCUGGUGAAUACUUCUUCAGCGACGGUGUCCGCUUAAAAAAAUACCGGGGUAUGGGAUCACUCGAGGCUAUGAACAAGAAAGACGCAAAAGGUUCAGCAAUGGAUCGUUAUUUCCACAAUGAAAUGGACAAGAUGAAGGUUGCCCAAGGUGUUAGUGGAUCCAUCGUUGACAAAGGGAGUGUAUUGAAAUUCUUACCAUAUCUGCAGUGUGGUAUCAAACACGGAUGUCAAGAUAUCGGGGCUAAAUCACUUUCAACUCUCCGGUCAUUGACGUACAGCGGAGAACUUAAAUUUGAAAGAAGGACACCUUCAGCACAACAAGAAGGCAAUGUACAUGGUCUCUUUUCCUAUGAAAAGAGACUUUAUUAA